AAGUUUUUGUUAGAUUGGCAAGGCAAGGUUAAUGUGUACUAUCUAUGCAAUUGAUACCGACUGGGCAUGGUAUUACAUUAGUUGUCGUGCUUGCAACAAGAAAGUCACACAUAUCCACCAUGGAGUGAAUGGUGUGAAUAACAAAGGGAAGAAGCCGAGGUUCUGGUGUGACACUUGCAAAUCUGUUGUCACUAAUGUCGUGGCUAGGUUUAUGCUCUAUGCUAAUGUGAUGGACAACACUGGUGAGGCUAAACUGUUACUUUUUGAUUCAGUUUGCUCUGAAAUCAUUGGCGAGUCUGCUCCAUCUGUGCUUAAUGGUUCCGUUGAUGAGGUUUCAUGAACUACUUUAUA